AUUGAUUUCAGAGAGGAAGGGAGAGGGAGCGAGAGAGAGAAACAUUAAAGAUGAGAGAGAAUCGUGGACCGGCUGCCUCCUGCCUGCCCCGCACAGGGGAUGGAGCCCGCAACCCAGGCCUGUGCCCCGACCGGGAAUCGAACCGCGACCUCCUGGUUCCUAGGCCGACGCUCAACCACGGAGCCACACCGGCCGGGCCCAGCGGGUUUAAGCUGGGACAGAGGGGCCCUCUCGUCCACCAUGAAAGGCUCCCAGGCCACCAGCAGCCCCCCCGGACCCCCCGAGGGCAGCCUGGAAGGCUUGGACCUGAGUCUGACGGGGCUCCCUCCCCCCAUGUCCCGACGCCCCAACAGCGCCUCUGCCGCCAAGCCUGUCGCCCGCUCCAUCUCCGUGGCCACAGGCGGCGAGCCGAAGAGGAAGGCGCUGGAGGCCACGGGGCCCGGAAGCUCCAGGACCAUCAACAACCUUCGCAGGUCCAGCAGCACCACGCAGGCCCACCAGCCUCAGGCCAAGCAGGCGUGGGCCGGCCCCCUCAGGCCGGCGGAGCCCCCUGACUUCCUGACGCUCUUGGAGAGCAGCUCCGGUGGGAACCAGAGGCCGGCCGGUGUGGGCAGGGCCUCCAGCGAGAAUGGGGCCACGUGGAACGUCCUGGACGACCAGCCCAGGGCCCUCCCCUCGCCGCCCGCCGCCCGGAGUCCCUGUGCCCUGGACACGCCGGCGGGCCCACGGAGGAGAGAGGGCACCGUCUCCCUGGCGCCCAACUUCACUGCCAACAACAGGAGCAACAAGGCGGCCGUGGGCAACUUCGUCACCACCAUGGUGCACAACAACCACGGCCCCGCGGACGCGGCGCCCAAGAGCUCCAACCGCACGGCGCCCUCCCUCAACAACCUGGUCAAGGCAGCCACCCGCGAGGGCGAGGGCAGCGGCGGCGGGAAGCCACAGAAGAACUCGGCCAGCAGCAACCACGGGGCCCGGAACAACGCGGGGGCCGCCGGGGGCCUGCUCAGGCGGCGGGAGGUGACGGAGGAGGAGGCCGAGAGGUUUAUCCACCAGGUGAACCAGGCCGCCAUCACCAUCCAGCGCUGGUACCGGUACCAGGCCCAGCGGCGCCGAGCCCAAGCCGCCAGCCUGGGGCACCUGCUAGCAUCCAAGCUUGAGGGCCAGCAGAAGCGGCAGGCAGAGGGCGACCUGCUGGACCUGCACCGGCAGAGGGAGGCGGCCCGGAGGAAAGCCCGCGAAGAGAAGGCGCGCCAGGCCAGACGGGCGGCCAUCCAGGAGCUGCAGCAGAAGCGAGCCCAGAAGUCUGGCCACGGGACCCAGGAGCCGGGGAAGCCCCAGCCGGCCCAGGAGCCGCCCCUGCGGCCAGGAGACAGCGCUCAGCAGCCCCCCAAGGCCAACAACGCGGGAGCCAGCUCCCGGACCCCGGGCCCCGAGGACCCCUGCCAGCCUAUCCCCAACGCCUCCCCAGAGGCCCAGCAGCUCCCGGACGACAAGCCACAGGACACCAGUGCCCAGGACGCGGCUGGUGAGGCCCUGGAGACGGGCGGCCCUGGGAGCAGGGCCCAGUGCAGGGCGACCCUGGACGAGCUGCUGGACACGCUGAGGCUGCUGGAGGAGGCGCCCGAGCCGCUGCCCCGCCCCAGGGCCUACCACAAGGACAGAUACGCCUGGAGCGACGAGGAGGACGACGCCAGCUCCCUGACGGCCGACAACCUGGAGAAGUUCGGGAAGCUGAGUGUGCCCGCCGGGCCCCCCGAGGACGGGACGCUGCUGUCGGAGGCCAAGCUGCAGAGCAUCAUGUGCUUCCUGGACGAGAUGGAGCAGUCGGGGCGGGAGCGGCCGGCCGCGGCCCCCGAGGUGCGCGGGUCCCCCCAGGUGCGCGGGUCCCCCCAGGCGUCUGGGUCCCCCCAAGCGUCCGGGUCCCCCCAGGGGCUCGCAAUGGAGGAGGGGCCGCGGUGCCUGGAGUCUGCAUCCGAGGCGAGCGCGUCUGUGAUGCGGCUGAAGCUGGAGGUGGAGGAGAAGAAGCAGGCGAUGGCACUGCUACAGCGGGCGCUGGCGCAGCAGCGGGACCUCACCAUCCGGCGGGUCAAGGAGACGGAGAAGGAGCUGGGCCGGCAGCUGCGGCAGCAGAGGGAGCACUACGAGGCCACCAUCCAGCGGCACCUGUCCUUCAUCGACCAGCUGAUCGAAGACAAGAAGAGCCUGGGGGAGAAGUGCGCGGCCGUGGUGGCCGAGCUGAAGCAGGGGGAGCAGAGGCGCCAGGAGAGGGAGGCCCAGAUGCGGGAGCAGCACGCGCUGGAGAUCAAGAAGCUCAAAGAGCUGAUGAGCGCGACGGAGAAGGUGCGCAGGGAGAAGUGGAUGAACGAGAAGACCCGGAAGAUCAAGGAGAUCACGGUCAGAGGCCUGGAGCCCGAGAUCCAGAAGCUGAUCGCCAAGCACAAGCAGGAGGUGAGGAAGCUGCGCAGUCUGCACGCGGCCGAGCUGCUGCAGGCAGACGAGCGGGCGGCCCAGCGCUUCGGGCGCCAGGCGGAGGCGCUGCGGGAGCAGCUGGAGCAGGAGAAGGAGGCGCUGGCCCAGCAGGAGCGCGCGCGCACCCAGCAGCGCUUCGAGCAGCAACUGGAGCAGGAGCAGCGGGACCUGCAGCAGCUGCGUCGGCGGCUCUACAGCGAGGUGGCCGAGGAGAAGGAGCGGCUGGGCCAGCAGGCUGCCAGGCAGCGGGCGGAGCUGGAGGACCUGCGGCAGCAGCUGGAGGAGAGCAGCGCGGCCAGGGCCCGGGCCCUGCGGGCUGAGCUGGACAAGGGGCGGGAGGAGCUGGAGCAACGGCACCAGAUGGAGCUGCAGGCCCUGAAGGACCAGCUGGAGGUGGAGCGGCAGCUGUGGGAGGCCAACUGUGCCAAGAAGGAGGAAGCGUGGCUGCUGAGCCGGGAGCGGGAGCUGAAGGAGGAGAUCCGGAGAGGCCGCGACAAGGACAUCGAGCUGGUCAUCCGCCGGCUGGAGGCCGACAUGACACAAGCCAGGGAGGAGAGCGAGCGGGCCGCCGAGAGCCGCGUCAAGCGCCUCCGAGACCAGCACGAAGCCGAGCUGGCGGAGCUGCAGCAGGCGGGACGGAGGCUGCAGGACCAGUGCGCCGAGCUGAGGGGGCGGCUGGCGGAGGCCGAGGGCGAGGGCGUGCGCCUGCAGGGCCUGGUGCGCCAGAAGGACAGGGCCCUGGCCGAAGCGAAGGCGGUGAGCGAGCAGCUGGCGGGCGAGCGGAGCGGCCUGGCCCAGGUGCUCCGCCAGGAGUUCGCCGACCGGCUGGCCGCCUCCGAGGAGGAAAACCGGCAGGUCAGGGCCGAGCUGGCCGAGCUGCGGGCACAGCAGCGGCUGGAGCUGGAGCAGCUCCGGCGGGAGAAGCAGGCGGAGCUGGAGGACGUGCACGCCAGGGUGAAGGCGGCCCUGGCCAAGAAGGAGGAGGCCGUGAGCAGCCUCCGGAAGCAGCACCAGGCCGCGGUGAAGCGGGCCGACCACCUGGAGGAGCUGCUGGAGCAGCGCAGGCGGCCACUGCCCAGCGCCAAGUGACACCACCUCCCGAGGCCGGGACAGGACGGGCAGCAGCUGGCGGGACAGGACGGGCAGCAGCUGGCGGGGUCCGGGGAGGUGGACCCGCCCUCCUUCCCUCUGCCCCGGGGCCCUGCGGCGAGAGCGCUGUGGCCGCGUGUGACAGUAAAGAGCUGUUUCUUAA